UAGCGCCAGGUGGUUUCCAAGGCAACAGUUGGAAACACAUGCUGCUCCCGGUUAACAUGGCGGAAGCAGAGGAGGUGGACAAUUCCAAUGUCGAGUCUGCGGAUCGUCACAAGGAUAAAAGUGUCCAGGAGAUGACUAACGAGGAGCUGCAGACGUUAGUCGAUGAAAUCAGUGCUUCCAAUGCAACCAUGCAGAGAGAGAAUGCUAUGUAUGACAAGUACUAUGAACGGAUGGUUCCCAAGGAAGAAGACCAACAACUUCAAACAGUGCCUCCUGAACUACAAGUGGCACAGAGUCGUUCACGGCAUCGAUCCAGAUCUCGCACAGCAACAAUUGAACGCCUUUUGAAUUUAACAGCAGAGCAAAAGUGCAACAUUGCUUAUAGAGAAUUGGAGGAAACAAAAGAGAUGUUAGCAAAACUGAGACAGGAUUCAAACCAUUCAAUUCAGAAUCUACAGGCUACCCUUGAAGAAGCUGAAUGUGCAUUAACUGAAACAAAGAAAGUAGUCUCUGAAUUUGAACACGACAUUGCAACUUUCUUACAAGGCAAGAAGGAGAGCACAAUUGUAACAGAAACACUCUUUAAGUACUUUGAGGACAAGAUCCAUGCAAAAGAGAUGCUGAUCGAUAAACUGCAGCUGAAGAAUCAUGCAUGGAAGAUGCUGAAGGCGAAAAUGCACCAACAGCUCCAGCUGAAAGAAGAGGCAGGAGAGAUGCUGCGUGAAGUUGACUUCCAACAGCUGAAGAUUGAAAACACACAGUUUUUAAGGCAGAUUGAGCAGUAUAAUCUGGACCUCCUCCAGCUCAAAGUAACGACAGGGAAAACACAAAUUGUUCUGAACUCCUAUAAAAGGAAAUUACAGAAAAUGCUGGCAGAGACAAAACAACUUAUCAGUGAGAUUAAAUCGAGAUGUGAACUGCUUCAGAAGAUUGAACUUGAGACCACAGAAGUGGAAGAAGACAAAGCCAAAGCAGAGAGGCUAAACAGGAAGUUUCGAAAUGACAUUUCCAAUUACAAAGUGCCAGACAUUCUUGAAUAUGUACAGGAGACCUGGAAUCACUUUGACCUAGACAAAAAAAUGAAAACCUGGGAACGCAAGGUGGAUGUUGCAGAGCUGUCAUACAGAACUUACAGUAAAACCUGGGAAAAAAUAAAAAAGUACAAUGAUCAAGGUCAAGACAUAAACUGAUACAGAAUGAACAGGCCAAAGUCAGAACAUGUCAUAAACUCAUGAAGGAACAACAUUCACAAAGCUCCAUUUAAACAAAAAUGAAUUUACACUUGCUGCAAAAGACCCAUGUGUGUUUCAUGCCGCUAGAUUAUUUGGCUUUAUAAGUAUUUAAAAAAAAUAAAACCAGCUUUUGAUACUGUG